AUCAGCAGAAAACGCCUCACACAGAACAAGGAAGGAAGUAAGGGUGUUGGCGCGUUGUCGACGGGUGGCGAGCUAAAAACUCGACGUUUUGUUGUAAUGAAGGUCGAUAUUCUUCCUCUCGUGUGUUGACCUGAGAACAUGGAGAAACUGACCGGGUGUUGGCUGCUGUUGGCGGCGCUGAGCUCCGCUCUAGCCCAGGACACCACGACAUACUUCAAGGAUGGCGGGGAGCUAACGAUGGACGUGAGGCCUCGUCCUCCUGAACCUCUCUACAACAUCGUGUGGAAGAUUAACGCUGACCUGGUAGCUGAGUGGAUCAAAGAUCAAGUCACAGGUUCAGUUUUAGUUCCUUUGACUUAUUACAGAACCUUUGAUGGCCGCUCAACCCUGGAUUUAACCACUGGACGUUUGGUAAUCAACAAAAUGACUAAAGCUGACAUUGGUGUGUAUUCAGUGGAAGUCAACAACAAGGUCCAGAAUGAGAAAUAUAACCCUUUAAUGAUCAAAGAAGUCCCCCAGCCUGAGGUAGAGCCAAAACCGUUGACAUGUUCCUUCAUUAGGGACAGCUGUACGCUGGUCUGUGAAGCGAACAUCACCGAGCCAGCUGGACCGGUCACCUACAGCUGGAAGAAGGAUGACGGAGAGUGGGAGGAACCGGGAAAGAACUUGGACAUCACCAAGAAUGGGACAUCAGAUGUGAAGACCUUCACCUGCCGGAUACAGAACCCAGUCAGCGAGAGAGACAGUAAACCCAAAGAUAAUCCGCUCUUAGAGAAGGACUCAGGGACCUCUGGAGAUGGGGGAUUAAUCGAGGCAGCAGCCCUGCUGGUGAAAGUAAACCUAAUGCUGCUGCUGCUAAGAAUGCAGAAGUGGACCGCCAGCAUCACCUGCUACUGCUGA